GAUACUCAGUUCCAAGUUUGGAGCUUUUAGCUGCCAGCCCUGGCCCAUCAUGUAGCUGCAGCACAGCCUUCCCUAACGUUGCAACUGGGGGAAAAAAUCACUUUCCAGUCUGUUUUGCAAGGUGUGCAUUUCCAUCUUGAUUCCCUGAAAGUCCAUCUGCUGCAUCGGUCAAGAGAAACUCCACUUGCAUGAAGAUUGCACGCCUGCAGCUUGCAUCUUUGUUGCAAAACUAGCUACAGAAGAGAAGCAAGGCAAAGUCUUUUGUGCUCCCCUCCCCCAUCAAAGGAAAGGGGAAAAUGUCUCAGUCGAAAGGCAGGAAGCGAAACCCUGGCCUUAAAAUUCCAAAAGAAGCAUUUGAACAACCUCAGCCCAGUUCCACGCCACCUCGAGACUUAGACUCUAAAGCUUGCAUUUCUAUUGGAAAUCAGAACUUUGAGGUGAAGGCGGAUGACCUGGAGCCUAUAAUGGAACUGGGGCGAGGUGCGUACGGGGUGGUGGAGAAGAUGCGACACGUGCCCAGCGGGCAGAUCAUGGCGGUGAAGCGGAUCCGGGCCACAGUAAAUAGCCAGGAGCAGAAAAGGCUACUGAUGGAUUUGGAUAUUUCCAUGAGGACAGUGGACUGUCCUUUUACCGUCACCUUUUAUGGUGCACUCUUCCGGGAGGGUGAUGUUUGGAUCUGCAUGGAGCUCAUGGAUACGUCGCUAGAUAAAUUCUACAAACAAGUGAUCGAUAAAGGCCAAACAAUUCCAGAGGACAUCUUAGGGAAAAUAGCAGUUUCUAUUGUAAAAGCGUUAGAACACUUACACAGUAAGCUCUCUGUCAUUCAUCGAGACGUCAAGCCUUCCAACGUGCUGAUCAACACUCUGGGCCAAGUAAAGAUGUGCGAUUUUGGAAUCAGUGGCUACCUUGUAGACUCUGUUGCUAAAACUAUUGAUGCAGGAUGCAAACCGUACAUGGCCCCUGAAAGAAUAAACCCAGAGCUCAAUCAGAAGGGAUACAGUGUGAAGUCUGACAUUUGGAGUCUGGGCAUCACAAUGAUUGAGUUGGCGAUCCUUCGGUUUCCCUACGACUCUUGGGGAACCCCCUUCCAGCAGCUCAAACAGGUGGUCGAGGAACCCUCGCCACAACUCCCGGCGGAUAAAUUCUCCGAAGAGUUUGUUGACUUUACCUCACAGUGCUUGAAGAAGAAUUCCAAAGAACGGCCAACAUAUCCAGAACUUAUGCAACAUCCAUUUUUCACCCUACAUGAAUCCAAAGCAACAGACGUGGCAUCUUUUGUAAAACUGAUUCUUGGAGACUAAGUACCGUGGACUCAGUCGGUUGGCCCUCCUGUGGAUUGGUGGGUUUACAGGGUGAAGAGGUUCACAAAAGCGCCAAUAGAAACUCAUCUUUGAGAUAAUUUAAUCCUGCCUCUCAGAAGGUUUUUUUUUCUCUCCCCAUUUUCUUUCUUUUUUUUUUUUUUUCCCCUCCAAAGGGGGCCUUGGAAUCUCUAGUAUAGAAUGAACUGUCUAGAUGGAUGAAAUAUGACAAAGGCUUAGGACUUAAAAGGGUGAUUAAAUAUUUAAUGAGGUGUCAUAUGAGUCCUUAAGCUUCUCAGACUUCUCUUGUUCUUUAUGAAACGAAUGCAUUGGCCCUGGUCACAAGGUGCUACCAUAGUGAUGAAAUUGUAAGUAGAUCUGUAGUUUGUCCCACUUAUUAUUUUAAUAUUUAUGUUUCAGCGCUUGGUUGCAAAGAUGCUAUUUUAUGCAAGGAGGGAGAUACAAAAGACAAGGUUGGGUUGGCAAUAUUUAUAGGGCUUUUAUUUUUUCAGUUCAAUCGUGUCUGUGGUCCAGAAGAAAUUAUUUAAUAUGCAUCUUUAAGAGUAUUGUAACCUACCUGUUCCAGCUGUGGUGGCCACUUGCCACAUCCUCGGAUUUCUGCUCAACUCCUGGGUCAUAACCACAAUAUUUCAGGGGAAGUGGCGAGCCAUCCCGGUCAUACCCUUUUCCUAACUUUGGAAAACAUAAAAUCACUUUGAUCUCAGAGUCACGAAUUUGGUUCUCUUGGCAUUUGUGGUAUUAAUGGAAUGUGAUUCGUAAUGCGAUUUUAUAUCACCUGUCUCUCCUUCUGUGUGUGUGUGUGUGUGUAUUUGAUAAGUCACAAGCUCUGCCAAGUGGCUUCUGUGAACAUCUCUAUCUAGUAAAGAGGACGUGUGUCAAUUCUGAGAGGAGAUAUCAUGUCGAACCACACAGAGAAUCGGUGCCUUCUUCUGCUUCUGCCCCUCCUUAUGAUAUGUAAGCCCCAAGGAUUGCCUUUGUGGCAAUCCUUCACAUACCCUUUUGCUUCCUUCUUCUUUUUUAUUUCUUGUUCAGUAAAGAAGCCUUACUGUUAAUGGGAGGGCUGCAAUAGGAGACGAUGAAAGUUCUUUGAUAAGGUGAGGGGUUAAUGGGGAGGGUUGAAUUCGUUCCUUGGAAUAGAUUGCCAGAUUUCCACAGGUUGAGGUGAGGCCCAUUUUUCUCCAGCAGCACACAGUAGCUCUUUUGGCUGGAGGAGGCUGGUGCCCUUGUGGGUCCCUGGCAGGUGGACAACACAACGAAAGCCCUUUCUCAGGGCUAAAUAUGCCCCUGCGUUCUCUAGAUUCCUUGAAAAAGGAGUGAAGUGAUACAGGGAAAUUGAAGACCGAUAAUAACAAAGAAACAUUGCUUUUGGACAUUGGGUUGAUAUAAGCCUAUUCUUGGAGGACAAGGAUGGAGAAUUCACAUUAAACACGAAGAAGGGAACUCACUGUUUCUUUCUUUGCCUCAAGUUCACAGAUAUGGGACUUACUGCUCCCUAAAAUCCUCCCCUCUUCCCCUUUUAGAUUUUGAAGUGCUCUUUCUUAUUUUUCUGUGUCCGUGUUUUCCCCUUGACCUCUGUUUUACUCAUAGCAGUUGCUCCGAGUGAGUGUGGUACUUCCAUACACUUCUUUGUAUCCAGUUGAUCAAAUGUAGUUUCAUCUUCUUGAAAGCUACCUCUGUCCUCAUCUUUUUCCAGCCAGAAAAGGUGUGUUAUCCUACUAAUUACGGCCAUUCACUCUCCCACCCACCUUCCUAAAUCUGGCAGUUUCUCUCUUUGAGAUCAAGAGAAAAAAAACACACACACACACACACACAACCGUAUUCCUUCCUUCCUUCAUCCAUCUUAUGAAAAAAAGCAAGUAGUAGAAAAAAAUCGGAGGUCAUUCCAUGACAGUUUUUGGUGAAAUACAUAAAGGAAAACAUCUUUUUGCUCGGAGUCAGAGACUCUUACCUGCUGUUCAGUGUGGUUUCUGCUUAGAAAUAGUCUUAACCGGUGUGUUCGUUCACCUGUGUAUGCCUCUCUAGUGUGUGGGCCCAGGGCCUCAGCUUCCAAAACAAUCAUACAGAGGUAGAGGAGGAGUUCAUCAAUGGUUCUCAGUCUCAUGCACACUGGAAUCGCUGGGAGCUGGUGAACACUACCAAUGCCAAGGUCCAGGGUGGGGCCUGAGAACUGGUCUUUCUCACACACCGUUUGUGAUUCUGAUGCGCAACACGGUCGAGGACACUGGUCUAGUACCUUUGAAAGAGAGAAUUGACCUACAAUUUCUCAAGAGACGGCACGUUCCCGGAAUACUGAUUUGAACCUUGGGAUACAUUUUCCCCAUAGAAAUGAUGUGCUCCAUGGUGAUUAGAUGUCUUCUGUGCUAACGUAGAAUGGCUUGAUAGUCUUAUGAGUCUAAAUUCUAGAAUGUGGGGUGUUUUUUUUUUUUGAGAACUGUUACAAGUUCUAAACUAAUUUUAAAAUAAAAAUGGAGAUACACAAACCAUAUUUAAGUUGUUGGAAGUUGGAAGUCUCCUGUACGUACACUCAGGUUACUCGAUCCUCUAUCUUAACUUCACUCGUUGUGUAUCAUGAUUAUUAUUGUUUUUGCUCGCCUCUGGUUGGUUAGCUUUUUAAUGGUGGUCCUACCUUCCUUUGCUGUUGGUCACUUCUGCCACGUCGGAUGUCCUAGUUAGGGACAUGAGAUACUCAUUAGCCUCAGCAUUCGAGGAAGCCAGCGCUGAGACUAAAGGGGCUCCUGGUUUCUCCAAGAGCACUUGAUUUAGUGUCUUUGGAAAGUGAUGACAAAGGAGACAGAGAGGGGCUAAUGUUUUCACAGUUUUUAACACUAAAAAUGCCUCUGCUGACCAACAGCCUUUAUCAGCUCUGCUGAGAGAAACUACUCUGUUUCUUCCAAAGUUGUCUAAUGAAACGCUUUAUCUUCAGCCUGAAAGUGAAGUACAUGGCUUACUUAGUCCCUGACUUUCCGCCCCAAUGCUUUUCUGGCCACGUGACUGCCUCCGACCUUGAAGGGAAGAUUCAUAUAUUCAUAGAAUUCACUGGAGUUGGUGGUCAGAUCGAGUAAAAUGAAUUAAACCUCUAUUGUGCUGGGGAUUUUGUCUUAGUGUCUGUCUAUGGCUUAGAGGGCAAUUUCCUGGCUUAAAGCAAUCUUCCGUUUUUAUUGAAUUAGCAAGUAGAAGGUGCAGAUUUUUGGACCCCUGAAAAUUUACAUAUUCAGAUGGAAAAUUGCCAGAGUAAAAUCUAGGGCAAAGAAACUGCCAAACAAACCCUAUUAGAAUAGGAAAAAAAAAAAAGAUAUUUUAUUGGAGAAGGUCUGUGUUCCUCUUGUCUAGGGCUGUGUGCGUGUGUGUGUGUGUGUGUGUGUGUGUGUUUUAGCACUGUUAAAUAUGCUGGCAGCUAAAGAUACUCUUUGGUUUUCUUUGGCUUUAAUUGGGGUACUCUGGAUUUCUUUAGGAAUCUGUUGAAAGCUAGGACCUUUUCCCUAGGAAAAUGCACAUGGUACACGGAACACAUAGUUUUGCAAACAUUUUUUGUUGAGGGAAAGGGAAUGGAGUCCAGUUUAUAGACCCCAUAGGAUCAAUAAUCUCUGCUCUGUAGAAUGUGGGCUGUGACAUUCUAGACCAAGACUGGCAAGCUUUUUCUGUAAUGGGCCAGAUAGUAAGUAUCUUUGGCUUUGUGUCCCAUUAGUCUGUUACCACAACUUGGGUCUGCCGUUGCAGAACGUGGAGCAUCCGUAAGCAGUACAUAAAUUAACGAGUCUGUGCCCCAGUGAGGCUUGAUUUACGAAAUCAGGUAAUGGGCUGGAUUUGGCACACAGGCUGUGGAUUUCCAGCACCCGUCCUAGACGAUCAAAAUACAAAACUAAUUGAUGAGCUCUGUAUAUAGAGUUUUUCCAUUUAGUGAAUACUGAGCUCAGCUACUAUUGAGGCAGAUUAGGAAGAUGGACAUAGGAAAUGAAUUUGGGAAGGGGGGAGACGGUUCAGUCCAAUGGAAAUGGCCUCUUCAUUUUCUCAGGUAAGUAUUCCUUGCCCUGGAAGCCAAUGGGACAGUUUUCCUCAGUUGAGAUCGAGUACCUACUUUUUCCAUUUCUAUACGAUAGCCCAUAUAACUUACUUCAACUUGGAAAUAAAAGGCAGGCUUCUCUUAGACGGCAACGAUAUUCUUGUUGUCUCUGAGCUUUGCAUUUCAUUUCUCUCUGUGGUGUGAUGCCCAUGCAGGGGGAAUCAUGAACCUGGACCCUAAUCAUUUGGUCUUCCUUUCCUCCGAACCACAUUAGGAUGUGAGAAUUUGGGAGGUCUUAGCGCCCUCAGAAGUAGAAGGCAGAUAGAAUUCUUUUUUUUUUCUUUUUUUUUAAAUUAUUUUAUUCUUAUGUUAAUCCCCAUACAUUACAUCAUUAGUUUUAGAUGAAGUGUUCCAUGAUUCAUUGUUUGUGCACAACACCCAGUGCUCCAUGCAGAAUGUGCCCUCCUCAAUACCCACCACCAGGCCAACCCAUCCUCCCACCCCCCUCCCCUCUAGAACCCUCAGUUUGUUUUUCAGAGUCUAUCGUCUCUCAUGGUUCGUCUACCCCUCCGAUUUCCCCCGCUUCAUUCUUCCCCUCCUGCUAUCUUCUUUUUUUUUUUUUCCUUAACAUAUAUUGCAUUAUUUGUUUCAGAGGUACAGAUCUGAGAUUCAACAGUCUUGCACAAUUCACAGCACUUACCAGAGCACACACCCUCCCCAGUGUCCAUCACCCAGUCACUCCAUCCCUCCCACCCCACCCCCCACUCCAGCAACCCUCAGUUUGUUUCCUGAGAUUAAGAAUCCCUCAUAUCAGUGGGGUCAUAUGAUACAUGUCUUUCUCUGUUUGACUUAUUUCACUCAACAUAACACCCUCCAGUUCCAUCCACGUCGUUGCAAAUGGCAAGAUCUCAUUCCUUUUGAUGGCUGCAUAAUAUUCCAUUGUAUAUAUAGACCACCUCUUCUUUAUCCAUUCAUCUGUCGAUGGACAUCUUGGCUCUUUCCACAGUUUGGCUAUUGUGGACACUGCUGCUAUAAACAUCGGGGUGCACGUAGCCCUUCGGAUCCCUACUUUUGUAUCUUUGGGGUAAAUACCCAGUAGUGGCAGAUAGAAUUCUUAAAAUCUUCCAAUUCAUCCACCUGAGCUCUUUGGCCACCUUGGAAGACAGUAAGUAAGGCAGACAAAGUUUGGGGUCACAAUACUUGCUCGAAAGCAGACUCAGAGCUCCGGGCUUUCACUGUGACAGGAGACUUAGGCCCACCGCUUGAGCACUGUUAUAAUCGUCACUAAAUUUCUAUCCCAAGGGGCCUAUGCAAAAUGCCUCCUUUCUGAUGUGAUGAUCUUGGGUUGCCAGCCCUGGUUGAGUUUCUGGGCCGCCUCGUCUCUAGUGUAAGCUUUGCCUUCCCUGUGGGACCAGAACAACUAUAAUUUGCUUCACCUUCUCUCAGCACUUGUGCCCUUUUUGCCAAAGGAACCCUAUACCAAGACCUGUCUGCCACCUAGGCUGCCCAGUUCCCCCUUCUUCUCCCAGAACAGCCCAACACAUCUGACUUGAUGCUGUUUUCUCUUUAUUAUUCAGAAACAAGUUUUCUUCCUGCCGCAUCAUCAGGCAAACAUAAAUUAUACUUAGAAGAACAUUUGGAACUGCCUGAGUAUUAAGUAUUCGAUCUGGCAAUUUACGUGAAAGAAUGUUUUCUCUUCGCCUAGGGAAACAAAACCUGAAUUCCAGAGCCUCCAAAAAUGACAUUAUCCUUCUGGGGAAAGCACCUUGCCACCAAGCACAUCACUCACCACUCGUUCCUGGUAUCCGCAAAGAAGAUGAGUCCUUUUGCUGAGGUUUAGAGAGGCACUGUUGAAAGCUAUGCAAAUAUACUUUGGGUUUUCUAAGGGAUUCAUUUGGAAUCAACACUUAACAUCGGGGUUUAUCUUUUUGGCUCCUGACCCAAACUCCUUUCUCAAGCAAAAUUUCUCUAAAAGCCUCUUUCCUAUCUAAGGUGAAGGGGACUGGGCCCUAAGUAGAAACACAAAGCAAGGUCAAGGACUUUGUGGUAGAGAUUUUUUUUUUUUUUAAAGAAAAAAAUAUCCCCUCUAACACAAACAUGUGUUAAUAGAAUUAAAAAAUAUCCAACCUAGUUCCCAGGGACUGUCAGGAUCUUGACAUCAUUCAUAUUGUUAUUUGAAGUAACUACGACACUGCGCCCUUCAUCCUCGGGAGUUUGCAAUGAGGUCUGGGGAGAUUUGCAUUGUGUUUCUGUCUUGGAGGUGUCAGUAUGGAAAGAUUUCUCUGUGGGCUCUUUGUCGGGAUACAUGCAGGUUUUCUCCCAGGUCCACUUUUGUGUUUCUGGGACUCAGGGUCUCUUUCAAGGAAUGAGGCUAAUGCUCUUCUGACUUGGAGAUGGAUUUCAGGGAACGAACGGGAAUGUUUAGGCAUGUACUUGCGUCUUAAAGUAGGAAGCAGAACUUCCUAACUAGCCCCCAGAGUUUGUGGCUUUGACCAAGCCACGUGGUCCUUCCUGGUUCCCUUGAUUGCAUUUGCUUGUUCGUCCUGCACCAGGCCCAUGUGACCUGGGCCGACUGAACGCUUCUGUGUAAAGGAACAGAUCCAACUAAGAAUCGGCAGUUUUUGCCUUGGUUUGACAAUGUGGAUUCCGUUGUUCCCAAAUCUUGAAAAUGUAAGGGAUAUCUAAGAGAACUUUUAGCAAAACCCUCAUUCAGAUUGUAAGACCUUAUAAUAAAACUUCCAUCCGGCCUGUACAGAAGGACUGCUGGAUUGGGUAUCUUCCUCUGAAGUAAUUGUGGCCGGAAAUGAGCAGUUAGCAUCAUUUGGUCAUUAUGAACAUUUGUUUGUCUUGGGGUACGCAAGGUAUGUCAACAAAGCAAGUCAGGCCCCUGCAUUAGGAGAUUGUCUGUAGACUCUGGACUUUAAGCUGAACAGUGAUGUGAAAUUAGGUUUGGGGGCUGGGAGAAAGGAUACGUGCAAGGAGCGAUGCUUAACCAGGGUCCCCAUGAUAGAAGAAGCUGGCAGACAGGUGUAUCCCUUAACUUAUUUUCAAUAUUACUAUGGACAUGAUCUCCUCUGGAAAGACCUAUCAAAAAGCUAAAUGUUAAUUUUUUUUUUCUUAAAAAUACUGAACUCUAAAGAAAUUUAGAGAGUGGCACUGAUUUGGAUCUCAGAAAAUUUUCUUGUUUCCCUAGUAUUAUUGAUUCUGCUGAGUCACCAGCUUAAACUGGUGACACCCAGAAAAAAAGAUAAAUGAUUAGUGGCCUUACAGCAUUUUGAGAGUAAACAACCCAUUGGUCAGCUACCCUCUGGGUAAAGAAAUAGGAACACAAAACCAAGCCCUUUAAUCUCUAGUUCUGGUGGCUGACGUGGACAGAAAGGUGAACACCAGAGCUUCUCUGACGUGCAUACUUUCUCCAGAAGGUAGAGGGCUGUGAAUGUUCUGAGAAAAACACUAUAGGUCUUCAUCAGGAGAGGAGAAUUGAUAAAUCUUAAAACAUAACACUCAAAGCUAGUUUGCAUUUUCAGAAGCAGGGAAUUGUGUGGAAAAAGUGGUUUUUACUUUCUUCUGAUCUCAAAUUGUCUGACCUAGUGUGUGUUUGGUACUUGGGGAGAGAGGGCACAGAAGUGGUUUAUAGGCUGUUCCGUGGUACCCCUGGGGGUCUCUUGUCGUGAAGGGAAGACCAUUUGAUGAAGGAUGAAGAGUGUGAUGCCCAUCUGAAAACCCCAUCAACCUCCAAUCAGAGUAUUUGGCUACCAUUAUCGUUCCCCUUAACUGGAAAGUCUUUAAGGCUAUUAAAGGCUUGGGAACUUUGGUUGAAAUGAUUACUUGAAGACCCGCCAAAGAAUCUGGGAAAUUUCCUAGCCAACAAUGUCUGCUCUGGCUUCUGCUACAUUCAGGAUGCUAACAGGGCUUGGAGGCUGAAGGGCCAAAAGAGAGGGCCAUUUAUUUAAAUUUUUAAGCAUGAAUCCUUUGAAAGAAAAGGCAAAACAAUCAAUAUGUGAUGGCCAGGCAUGGAGAGUCUUGAAUUGCUUAUUUUUCUAAACUGGUUGCAAAUAACCUGAUCUCAGUGGCAAGGAGGGGCAAGCCUGGGCUCUCGAUGGGCCAUGGAAUAUCGAAAUUUCUACAUUUGCAGGGGCGGGAGUUGCCAUUUUUGUUCAUUGACGUGUAGGAAAAAGUACAAUUUGGGCACAGAGAAGGGUCCUGUGAGAGAGUCAAGCUAACGAUUACCCUCGCUGGGGUUCACAGGUGAACGGUAAUGGGAAACUGAUACAGCCUUUAGAAGCUGAAAACUGGUGGUUUACCUGUCUCGAACUGAACCCAAGGGGAUGCUUCGGCAUUGGUUGAAACCUGUCAGGUGCCUUCUACACGCACGUGGUCUGUGGUGGAUUCUGAUAGUGGCACGUUAGCCGGUCAACCCAAUUUAACAGCCAGGGUUUUCCGGCAGCCAUUUUAGACCUCUGUAUGUGUCAGAAAGUUAUAUUUGGCAACAAUUUAUGGAGUUCUUGGCCAGUCUCUCUGUAAAAAGCCACCUGAGGAGGUUCAGUUAAGAAAAUUCAGACAAUUUCUCUGUCAUCAUACCCCUGUGUUUAGUUUUUUCUAUAGUCUCAAGUUUAUUUUCUGAGUGAUUUUCUAUAGGAACCAAAAUGAUGUUUUUGUAAAAUAACAGGUAUUUUUAAAGGAAAAAUGUCUUCGUUAUGUAAGUACCUUCCAUGAUUGGAACGUAUUUCUUACUGCACAGAAUCAUCACAUUAGGUCAUUUAAAGCUGAGAAAGGUGUUAGGGAUGUAGUUCAAAUUCUUUAUUUAAAGACACAAACAUUUUUCUAUAUAUUUUGUGAAAAUCCUGAUGGGAUGCUGGAUGUAACUUCUGUACAGAAUUGAACUUUACAAGAAUUUUAGUAAAAUAGGCAGAUUGCCCCAGAUUCCUUCGUGCUUUAGUU